CAGCUUCCGUCCUUGCGCACAAGUCUCCUCGCGGCGACCUCGCGCUACGGGUUGGCGCGAGAGUCAAAAGGCGUCGGCCGCCUCUGGGCAAGAUGGCUGUUGCGGAGGCGUUGGAGUGUGGAAACCUGGAGCCGGGAUGGCGACGUCUGCACUGAGUCGGAGGCGAAGGAGCUUACUCCAUGGGAGCAGCCUCUAGAUAAUCUGAAUUGUUGAAAAUACGAAGCCUGUUACUUGUGAACAGUGGCUGACGACAGUGGCGUCGUGAGCCUGGCUGUUUGCUUGGGCCAAGAGCUUUCAUCUGCCAGGGUUUUUUUCUUGUAUUUAGGAUUUCAGGGAAGUGUCAAGCUUUCAGUGUUGGAGCAGAUAUGGAUGACAAAGGUGACCCAAGCAACGAGGAGGCACCUAAGGCCAUUAAACCCACCAGCAAAGAGUUCAGGAAGACAUGGGGCUUUCGAAGGACCACUAUCGCCAAGCGAGAGGGAGCAGGGGACGCGGAGGCUGACCCACUGGAGCCGCCGCCCCCGCAGCAGCAGCUGGGCCUGUCCCUGCGCCGCAGUGGGAGGCAGCCGAAGCGCACCGAGCGCGUGGAGCAGUUCCUGACGAUUGCGCGGCGCCGCGGCAGGAGGAACACACCUGUCUCCCUGGAGGAUUCUGGUGAGCCCACGUCCUGUCCCGCCACAGAUGCCGAGACUGCCUCUGAGGGCAGCGUGGAAAGCGCUUCUGAGAUCAGAAGCGGCUCCCAGUCGGCUUCCACAGCUGUGACAGACAAGGCCUCUUCUGAAAAGGCGAAAGGAGGGGAUGACGAGGAUGACACCUCCGAUAGUGACAGCGAUGGCCUGACCUUGAAAGAACUUCAGAAUCGCCUUCGCAGGAAGCGGGAACAGGAGCCCACCGAGAGGCCCCUGAAAGGGGUCCAGAGUCGCCUGCGGAAGAAGCGUCGGGAGGAGGGCCCCGCAGUGACUGUGGGCCCUGAGGCCGGUGAUGCUGUGGAGGACGUCCUGCCCAGUAAGCAGGAGCCCGAGAAUGAGGAGGGGGUUGUGUCCCAGGCUGGGAAAGACGACAGAGAGACUAAGUUGGAGGGAAAGGCGGCUCAGGGCAUCAAAGAUGAGGAGCCUGCGGACACGGGCAGACCGAAGCCGGAAUGUGAGGGCUAUGACCCCAACGCCCUGUAUUGCAUUUGCCGCCAGCCCCACAACAACAGGUUUAUGAUCUGCUGUGACCGAUGUGAAGAAUGGUUUCAUGGCGAUUGUGUGGGCAUUUCUGAGGGUCGAGGGAGGCUUUUGGAAAGGAAUGGGGAAGAUUAUAUCUGCCCAAACUGCACCAUUCUGCAAGUACAGGAUGAGACGAAUUCGGAAACCACAGAUCAGCAGGAAACUAAAUUCAGACCUGGAGAUGCUGAUGGCACAGAUUGUACAAGUAUAGGGACGAUAGAGCAGAAGUGUGGCGAAGACCAGGGGAUAAAGGGUAGAAUUGAGAAAGCUGCAAACCCAAGCGGCAAGAAGAAACUCAAGAUCUUCCAGCCUGUGAUAGAGGCGCCUGGUGCCUCGAAAUGUAUCGGCCCCGGGUGCUGUCACGUGGCGCAGCCAGACUCUGUGUACUGCAGUAAUGACUGUAUCCUCAAACACGCCGCGGCCACAAUGAAGUUCCUUAGCUCAGGUAAAGAUCAGAAGCCGAAACCUAAAGAAAAGAUGAAGAUGAAGGCAGAAAAGCCCAGUCUCCUGAAAUGUAGCGUUCAGGCAGGCAUUAAAAUCUCUUCUGUGCACAAGCGACCAGCUCCAGAAAAAAAAGAGAGCACCGUGAAGAAGGCAGUGGUGGCCCCCGCUCGGAGCGAGGCACUUGGGAAAGAAGCAGCUUGUGAAAGCAGCACGCCGUCGUGGGCGAGCGAUCACAAUUACAAUGCAGUCAAGCCAGAAAAGACUGCCGCUCCCUCGCCAUCACUGUUGUAUAAAUCCACCAAGGAAGACAGGAGGUCCGAGGAGAGAGCGGCAGCCACGGCAGCCUCCAAGAAAACGGCCCCUCCGGGCUCCGUGCCGGGCAAGCAGCUUGCGCCUAGAAAUCUCGUGCCAAAGAAGCCUUUUGCUAAUGUGGCAGCGGCCAAACCAGCCAUUAAAAAGUCACCCUCAGGCUUCAAGGGCACCAUCCCCAAGAGGUCAUGGCUGUCAACUACCCCAUCAAGUGGUGCUUCCACUGCCAGGCAGGCAGGACCGGCACCCGCAGUGGCAACGGCAGCCUCCAAAAAGUUCCCCGGCUCUGCUGCUCUGGUGGGAGCUGUAAGGAAGCCAGUGGUACCUUCUGUUCCCACCGCCUCGCCUGCCCCGGGACGCCUCGGGGCCAUGGGUGCAGCACCGUCGCAGCCAAAUUCACAAAUUCGGCAAAAUAUCAGACGCUCGUUAAAAGAGAUUUUGUGGAAAAGAGUCAAUGACAGCGACGACUUAAUCAUGACAGAAAACGAAGUAGGGAAAAUCGCCCUCCAUAUCGAGAAGGAGAUGUUCAGCCUGUUUCACGUCACGGACAGUCGCUACAAGAGUAAAUACCGAAGCAUCAUGUUCAACCUGAAGGACCCUAAAAACCAGGGACUUUUCCAUCGUGUUCUGCGGGAGGAAAUCUCUUUGGCAAAACUUGUGAGAAUGAAGCCUGAAGAACUUGUAUCUAAAGAGCUUUCCACGUGGAAAGAGAAGCCGGCGAGACCUGUGAUGGAGCCCAGGACUAAAGUGCACAGUGAAAGUAAGAAGGUGGCCGCCAGGCAGGAGGUCAUCCCCGACAUGGAGGACUCUCCGCCAGUGUCGGAUUCCGAGGAACAGCAAGAGUCAGCACGUGCUGUCCCUGAGAAGAGCGCAGCGCCCCUCCUCGACGUCUUCAGCAGCAUGUUGAAAGACACCACCAGUCAGCACCGCGCACACCUCUUCGAUCUCAACUGCAAAAUCUGUACAGGCCAAGUUCCCUCCGCAGAAGAUGAGCCAGCUCCGAAAAAACCAAAAUUGUCAGUUCCUGUUAAGAAAGAAGACUUAAAACCCAAGCAUGAGAGCCCUGCACCUGACCCUGCUCCUGAUUCAGCUGAUGAGGUGAUACCGGAGGCGCUGCCUGAAGUUGCCCCUGAGCCGGGCCUGGAAAGUGCUUCUCAUCCAAACGUGGAUAGAACCUAUUUCCCUGGGCCUCCAGGAGAUGGCCAUCCUGAGCCCUCCCCGCUGGAAGACCUGUCCCCCUGCCCAGCCUCCUGUGGGAGCGGAGUAGUCACCACUGUCACAGUGUCCGGCCGGGAUCCCAGGACCGCUCCAAGCAGUUCCUGCACAGCCGUGGCCUCCGUAGCGGCCCGCCCAGACAGCACCCACAUGGUGGAAACCAGACAAGAUGUGCCAAAGCCUGCCUUGACUUCUGUGAUGGUGCCCAAGUCCAUAUUGGCUAAGCCGUCUUCAUCCCCUGACCCAAGAUAUUUGUCAGUUCCUCCAUCACCAAAUACCAGCACAUCAGAAUCGCGGUCCCCUCCAGAGGGAGACACAACCCUCUUUUUGUCUCGACUCAGCACCAUCUGGAAAGGAUUUAUCAACAUGCAGAGUGUGGCAAAAUUUGUCACUAAGGCGUAUCCCGUCUCCGGGUGUUUUGACUACCUCAGUGAGGAUUUGCCUGACACAAUUCACAUUGGUGGGAGGAUCGCACCGAAGACAGUUUGGGAUUAUGUUGGCAAACUCAAGUCUUCUGUGUCUAAGGAGCUCUGUCUGGUCCGCUUCCACCCUGCCACGGAGGAGGAGGAGGUCGCCUAUAUCUCUCUGUACUCCUAUUUUAGCAGCCGUGGCCGCUUUGGCGUUGUAGCUAAUAACAACAGGCACGUCAAGGACCUCUAUCUGAUCCCGCUGAGCGCCCAGGACCCUGUUCCAUCCAAACUCUUGCCCUUUGAGGGACCAGGUCUUGAGUCACCACGUCCGAAUAUAAUUCUUGGGUUAGUAAUCUGCCAAAAAAUAAAACGUCCUGCAAACACUGGAGAGUUAGACAAGAUGGAUGAAAAGCGGACCCGACUUCAGCAAGAGGAAGUGGACGUUCCAGCCUAUCCGAAAGUAACCACGGCCCCGCAGUCGGACAGAAAGCCCUCCAAGUAUCAGCUGUACGCUGCAGACGCGGCUGUCAGCACCACACCCCCCGGGUCCCCUCCGCCGCCACCCCCACUUCCAGAACCUCCGGUGCUAAAAGUGCUGUCAUCCCUCAAGCCCGCAGCCACCAGCCCGGUCACAGCAGUCACGACAGCAGCAGCAGCAACCACGGCCGCUUCCUCCGCCGCUUCGUCUGCUUCAAAAACAGCGUCACCGCUGGAGCACAUCCUGCAGACUCUCUUUGGAAAAAAGAAGUCAUUUGACCCCUCUGCCAGAGAGCCUGCUGGGUCCACUGCAGGCCUCCACCAGGACCCCAAAACCACAGCAGAGGAUGGGGUGCUGGCUCCUCCACUCUUAGAUCCGAUCGUCCAGCAGUUCGGUCAGUUCUCAAAAGAGAAAGCUCCAGAGGAAGAGGAGGACGACAGGCCCUACGACCCUGAGGAGGAGUACGACCCAGAGAGAGCCUUUGACACCCAGCCUGUGGAGCGAGGGCGGCGCCACGAGGGGGAAAGGGCUCCCGAAGCCGCCACAGCCGAGCGGGAAGAGGUGGCCUACGACCCCGAGGAUGAGACCAUCUUGGAAGAAGCGAAAGUGACUGUUGAUGACUUGCCCAACAGGAUGUGUGUGGACGUGAGAAGGAGCUCCACGGAGAGGCCUGCUGAGCAGGUGGCCGGGGCUGCCACGCCCUCCUUGGUGGAGCUGGAGGAGCUGGUAGAAGCUCUGAGCCAGCAGAUGGCCGCCGUCGGGGUCUCCAUGGCCCACUUCUCGGUGUCGGACGCCUUGAUGUCACCACCACCAAAGUCGUCCUUGCCCAAGGCGGAGCUGUUCCAGCAAGAGCAGCAGCCCGCAGAGAAGCCCACCUCGCUGCCCCCUGCCAGCCAGGCAGCGAACCAGAGAGAUCCCCGGCAGGCGAGGCGCCUGGCCGCUGAGAGUGGUGAGGGGGAGGGGGACCCUCUCUCUAGGCUCUCGGCAUGGGGCACCCAGGGCACCCUGCCCACCAGAGAUGCUUCCAAGGGCGCCCUUGUGGGCCAGGCGCUCACGCCAGUCCCAGAGGAAAAGGAGCUGGCCUCUUCCCCCUGGGCUUCGGGCGAAAAGCCCCUAGCAGGGCCUGAGCAGGACGGCUGGAAGGCAGAGCCUGGGGAAGGCGCCCGCCCUGCCAUGGCUGGAGACAGCUCUGCCCGGCCUGCCCGGAGGGUCCUGCUGCCCACACCACCCUGCGGCGCCCUGCAGCCUGGCUUCCCCCUGCAGCAUGAUGGCGAGAGGGACCCUUUCUCCAGCCCGGGAUUCACGGUGCAGGACAAGGCUCUCGGCCCCGGCCAAUAUGAGGACCCAAGAAAUCUCCACUCUGGUGGAAGGAGCGGCAGCCCUGCAGGUGAAGCAGAGGGGGACAGAGAGCCACAGGCCAGAUCCGGCGAGGGUACCGCCCCGCUCCCUCUGCCAGGACAGAAAGUGGGGUGCUCUCAGCCCCAGUUCCAGGGUCAGCGUGAACCUGGACCGCACGCUUUGGGGAUGUCAGGGCUUCAUGGCCCCAAUUUCCCAGGACCAAGGGGGCCAGCCCCUCCGUUUCCGGAAGAGAAUAUUGCUUCUAACGAUGGGGCACGAGGGCCUCCGCCAGCCAGAUUUGGAGCCCAGAAGGGGCCCAUCCCUUCCUUAUUCUUGGGGCAACAUGGGCCACCUCCUUACGGGGACGGCAGAGGCCCCUCACCCUCUUACCUUGGUGGACCACGGGGAGUGGCACCGUCCCAGUUUGAAGAACGCAAGGAUCCCCAUGGGGAGAAGAGGGAGUUCCAGGACACCCCAUAUAACGAGGUGACUGGCGCCCCCGCCCAGUUUGAAGGGACAGAGCAAGCCCCGUUCCUGGGGAGCAGAGGUGGCCCGCCUUUCCAGUUCGGAGGCCAGAGAAGGCCGCUGCUGUCUCAGCUGAAAGGACCCCGAGGCGGCCCCCCUCCCUCUCAGUUUGGAGGUCAGAGAGGACCACCCCCUGGCCAUUUUGUGGGCCCAAGAGGGCCCCAUCCUAGUCAGUUUGAAACUGCCCGGGGCCCUCAUCCCAGCCAGUUUGAAGGACCCAGAGGCCAAGCACCCAACUUGAUGCCAGGCCCCAGGGGCAUCCAGCCUCAGCAGUUUGAAGACCAGAGGGUCCAUUCCCCACCCAGAUUCACAAACCAGAGGGCGCCGGCACCCAUGCAGUUUGGUGGACCACGGGGCUCUGCACCCUUUCCUGAGAAGAAUGAGCAGACCCCUUCGCGAUUUCACUUCCCGGGCCAGGCCCCGCAGGUGCAGGUGAUGAAGCCCGGGCCCAGGCCCCUGCUGGAGCUUCCCAGCCACCCCCCGCAGCACCGUAAGGACCGGUGGGAGGAGGCCGGCGCGCCCCCCGCCCUCUCUUCCAGUGCGCCCGGACAGGGCCCCGAGGCUGACGGACAGUGGGCACCGCCCGACUUCCGAGAGGGCAAAGGUCACGAGUACAGAAACCAGACUUUUGAAGGGAGGCAGAGAGAGCGGUUUGACGCAGGGCCCAAAGAGAAGCCGCUGGAGGACCCCGACGGCCAGGGCCGGGCCGGCGAGGACAGGCGGAGAGAGCGCGAGCGCGGCCGAAACUGGAGCCGAGAGCGGGACUGGGAGAGACACCGGGACAAAGACUCCGGCCGGGACUGGGACAGACACAGGGAGCGGAGCGCCAACCGCGACCGAGAGCGCGAGGCCGACCGGGGAAAGGAGUGGGACCGCAGCCGGGAGCGCAGCAGGAACCGGGAGCGCGAGCGGAGGCGCGAUCGGGACCGGUCCCGGAGCCGAGAGCGAGAGCGGGACCGAGACAGAGACCGGGCCCGGGACCGGGAGCGCGGCCGCGACCGCAAGGACCGGAGCAAGAGCAAGGAGAGCGCGCGGGACGCGAAGCCCGAGGCCUCCAGGGUCUCGGAGGCGGGCACCGCCUCGCAGACCUAGAGGCUGCGCGGCCGGCCAGACCCUUUUAAAAGCCAGUCUCAUAAAAUGCGUCGAACAAAUAGCUUUUGAAAUAGCCACGAUCUUAGAUUCAGGAUAGAAUACUCUGGACUUGAAAAUUACUGUAAUUUUGUGUAAAUGGUUUCUUACAAGAUUUCACAUCUUUACAAUUCUGAUGCUUUUUUUAAAAAAAAAAACCUAAACUGUGAUAUUUCCAUUCAAAAUUAAAGAAAUGGAAAAUUGUCUACAAAAGCAUAUUGCUUUUUCAGAUCAGAAAGUGAUCUUUUCCAGUAACUCGACUACUGUAAAUUUUGGGGGAACUUCACUGGACCCUAGAGCCAUACCUUUCCUGACAUCUCAUCUGUCUGUGUUUCCAAAAGCCGUUUUUACAGGUCUAGCGUCUGUCCGGGCAGCCGGUUUGGGUGGGAGCUGCAGGCUUCCGCGCGGAGGCAGGAGAAGGGUUAGCUGCCUGUAUCUGGAGUGUUGACAAACACAAACCUUACAAAUGCAUCUUUCAUCAUAAAAUCUGCAUUACAAUUUUCAACUGGGAAACAAAAACACAUCUUAGUGUGCUCAGCUUUUGUAUAUCACCUUAUCCAUUUUUCAAAAACAUGAUUUAAAGCAACAUCUGUCCUGGUAUAAAUUGUUGCAUUUUAAAUAACAAUUUGUUGAAAAAUGUUUAAGUUUUAUCACCCUAAAAAAAAAGGUAACAAACCAAUUAAAUGUACUUUGGGGGCGGGGAGGAGUCCUUGAUUUGAAUAAUCAGGAAGUUUUGUUCAUCCAGUUUCAAAUGAGCAGUUCUUCCUGUAUCCCGGGAAAAGUACACUCAGCUCCAAACUGGUUAUUUAUCAGAGGAUACAUUUAAAAAUUUGUCCUUGAAAGUGGAACAAUACUUGUAUAAAGUCUGAGAUGGGAAACAGUGGUCAUUAGUUCAAGAACUGCCAUUGAGCUAGGGAGCUGUUCACUGUGAAACGGUCUCUUGCUUGUCAAGUAUUUUUCGAGUACUUCUGAAGUGUGAAAUAGAAAACAUAUGGCUAACUUAUUUGUACAAAUACACUUUGAUAGUUUUUUAUAUUUUCAUAAACUUACUUUUACAGAUAUGAAAUUAAAGAACCUCACUUGUUCUUUGGAGUCUGUUAUUCCAUUGUACGUCACUACAGAUAUUUCACUUUAUAGCGCAGAUUUUUUAAGUUAAGAAAACAUGGAGAAUGUAUCAGCUUGAGAUGUUUGGUGUUAAAGCCACGUGUCCGUAGGUUAAAUUACAUUAAAGUAGGUGUCACGUUCCAACAUCUAAUAUGAUGCGAAGGGUUUUUUGUUUUUUUGUUUAACAUAUAAAGCAAAUUUUUCUAAUUUAAACACACAAAUGUAAAAAUCAAGUGUUUCUUUAGGUUUACUCGAUAGAGAUUUCUGUAAAUUGUAUUUUAUAUUGCAGAGGCUUAUAUCACUGUACAUGAGAACAUGCAGCUUCACAGGUGUGUUACUUGCAGUAGAAUAAACAGCCACAGG